AUGGCGGAGGUAAUGCAUAAUUUCGACCGAUAUUGCAUUCACUUUUUUAACAGUAGAGAUUGUCCACAUGGUGAUAAGUGCUCAUAUCCACACAAAGCUCGAUAUGAAGUAGAGCAGAUCCAAUAUUCGCCCGGUAACGAAUAUUUUUUGGGGAAACCUCGAACGAACCAAAGAAUUUGUAGAUUUUUCUUGAGAGGCAAUUGCAUUCACCAACAAAAUUGCCAUUACCGCCAUGAAAAUGUAACUGACAUAGUUUUAAAAGGAGUGGAGAAGUCAACAAAUAACCGCUCACCAAAAGGAAUCACCAACAUGAAUGUACCUUCUACAUCUCAAACUGAAAAUGUAUUAAAUAAAAAUUCCAUCAAUAGCAAUUUAGACCUUCAGAACAAAGAAAUCCGUAUCUCCAAUCAAGAAAUUAGUCCCUGCCAAAAUGAAAAUGAAGGAACUGACAAUAAAUCCAUAGCAGAAGAAGGUGCUUGCGCGUCUCCGCCUCUGACACACAUAAACGAUUCUUGGGUAAAUGCUCCGGAAUUUGUGCCAAAAAGCUCAUAUAGACCAAAAAGUUACGCUGAAGCUCUUAGUCCCGAAGCCAUCGCUGAGAAAAAUGCUAAAAAAGAACUCUGCCGCUACGUCAAUAAAGAUGGCAUCUGUAGGAAUUUGACUGAUUGUACUUACCUGCACGGGGAAAUGUGUGAUAUGUGUGAAAGGCUCAUCUUACAUCCGUACGAUGAAGAACAAAGAAAAAGACAUCGUCAAGAAUGCUUGAAACAACACGAAAAAAACAUGGAACUAUCCUUUGCCAUUGCUCGAUCGAAGGAGAAGUCGUGCGGAGUCUGUUUCGAAGUCAUUAUGGAGAAAGCGAAUGGUGAACAAAGAUUCGGGAUAUUACCAAAUUGCAAUCAUUGUUUUUGCUUAAGUUGCAUCCGCAAGUGGAGGCAGGCUCGUCAAUUCGAAAACAAAAUUAUCAGAGCAUGUCCCGAAUGCAGGGUAACUUCGGAUUUCGUCUGUCCGAGCAUGUACUGGGUCGACACGAAGGAAGACAAAGAAAAACUAAUCGAAGAUUACAAAAAAGCUUUAUCCAGAAAAGACUGCAAAUAUUUCAAAAAGGGACAGGGACGAUGUCCGUUUGGAAAUAAAUGUUUCUAUUUACACGCCUUUCCCAAUGGUCGCAAGUGCGACGUUGGGCCCCCUCUAAGGCAAAGACGCCCUCGCAACACCGAGGCCGACAUGGAUGUUUUGCAGCAUCUAAUGCUGUGGGACUUUUUCGAUGAUCGUGAUUUUCCUUGGCAAUCCUUGGCCGAUGAUUUGGAGGAUUUAGUUUCAUUUUUUACAGAUUCCGAUGAUUCUGAUUGGUCAGAUUAUGAAUUUAUUUUCGAUUAG